AUGCUUAUGCAAAAGGGUUUGAAGCCAUCCUCGUAUCUGAAGACCGGAACUACAAUUGUUGGGUUGGUUUUUCAGGAUGGUGUCAUUCUUGGAGUUGACACACGAGCCACUGAAGGCCCCAUUGUUGCUGAUAUAAAUUGCGAGUUAAAACUUGUGGCAGAAGCAAUUUGCUCCGUUCCUUCGUCGUUGGCUUCUUGCGCCGAUCAACGCUUCUCUAGCAGUCUUUGUGGCCUUGCUACUGGCUCCACCUCCUUCACCACAAUGCCUCAUUUCUCUCCUCUUCUGUUGUGGUUCUUGACUGCCACCAGUCUCCUUUCUCCUUAUGGGGGAGAUUUUUGGGGCUGA